AUGUAUGGCUCCGCGUGCACUACGACUAUUUUCACAUUCAAAUCCGAAAUGAGCACCUCUUACGACAAGGUGAUUGCGAAUGCAGUCUCAAACAAGUACAACGCGGCCACAGGAGAGGUGAUGCGCUUGAUGCUGCAGGCCGAUCACGCAGGCCUUGCGCGCUGUGAAAAGGACGAGCGAUCACGACCCAUUUCUCUUACGACUUUGUCCCAUCGCAUCCCUCCUGGCACGAAAAUUCAACGAGGACUGGACCGGCGCUCUGUGGUGGGGGACGAGAGUCGAUCCCCCACAUCUGUCGAAUUGUUAGCAGAAUACGUUGCGAUCCUCUCUCGUCAUGACAAUAUAUCUUCUUCUGUGCACAAUUUUCGUUUCCUAGCUCCCUUCGGGUCAGCAACUAUGGUAAGUGCUGGAGGUAGUGCUCGUGUGGCGACGAGCUUUACCAUCGAAUACGUGAAUAUUCUUAAGCAGCUCCAACUGCAGAUGGUACGCAACAUGGUCGUGGAUCGUUUUGGGGCUAUUGCCGGCCGUAUUUUCAGUAUCCUCGUGGAAAAGGGAAAACUCGAGGAGAAGCAUAUUUCGAAAAUGGGCCUUAUCUCAAUGGGCGAAACGCGAGAUGUUUGCUCACGGCUGUUCGCCUCGUCUAUUCUCAGCCUACAGGAAGUACCAAAAGGCAGCGAAAGGAAUCCACAGCGCACAUUCUUCCUGUGGUUUGUGGAUUUGAAUAAGUGCAAAGCUUGGCUGCUGGACCACCUGUACAAAACACUUGGACAGCUCAGUCGCCGCCGGCUCUACGAGCAGGCACGAAAGUCAUCCUUACUUCGAAAAGCAGAACGCACAGAUGUUCGUGAGGCGUCUGAAGCACUUCUAACAGACUGGGAACGAAACGAGCUUGCGUCGUUUCAGUCCCUGCUUGAAGCCAUUACCGUGGCGGAGGCGCGUGCUCUACGGGAGGUGUUCAUCUUGCAACACUUCUCCACAUAA